UUCACUUGUCCUUCUCCUUCUCCUUCUCCCACAAAGAUCUCAUUUUUAAGCUUGUUUUUGCUCUCUUUGCAUUGAAUCUCAACCUCCCAAGUCUCCCAACAACCUCUUGUUGUUGCUUCUCUUGAAGGGAAGGAAGCCCCAUCACCAUCUCUACCUUCCCCCUUAGACACCCCAACCUCUUCUUCUUCUUCUUCUUCUUCUUCUUCAUAGCUUUGUCAAGAUGAGAAGCUCCAGUUCUAAGCAGCAGGGAGUUGGGCCGGAGAAUGGUAGUAAUGGGGCUGUAGUUUGGGAGAUGAGGCCUGGAGGGAUGUUGGUUCAGAGGAGGGAGGAUGGGGCUGGAGUUGCAGGGCCUUUGAUUAAGGUCAGGGUGUUGUAUGGGACUGCCCAGCAUGAGAUCUCUGUGCCGGCUCAAUCCACUUUUGGUGAAUUGAAGAGGCAUCUUUCUCAAGUGGUUGGAUUGGAGCCUGAGGAACAAAGACUGUUGUUUAGGGGGAAAGAAAAAGACAAUGAAGAACGCAUGCACAUGGCCGGCGUUAAGGACAUGUCAAAGCUGGUCCUUUUAGAGGACCCGGCGAGCAGGGAGCGGAAGCUUGACGAGAUGAAGAAGAAUGAAAGAAUUGCUCGGGCAUGCGAGGCUGUUGUCCAGAUCAGGUCGGAGGUGGAUAAACAUGUCGAGAAGGUUUCUGGUUUGCAAGCUUCUGUUUAUGCAGGUAAGAAGGUCGAGGAGAAAGAGUUUCUUGUUUUGACUGAACUGCUCAUGGUGCAAUUGCUGAAGUUGGAUGGUGUAGAGGCCGAGGGAGAAGCAAAGGUGCAGAGAAAAAUCGAGGUUCGGCGUAUACAGAGCUAUGUAGAGAUUCUUGAUGCACUGAAGGCAAGAAACUCCAACCCUAUCAACAGCAGCAAAACCGUGUCAGUAUCAACACAGUGGGAAACAUUCGACUCCGGAUUUGGAAGCUUGACUGCACCUCCUCCAAUGCCAUCAUCAACAAGGAUGACCGAGGACUGGGAACAAUUCGAUUAAUCCUCUGAAUUUUGAUUUUUUAUUUUUUUUUGGCCUUUUGCUGCUAUAUUAUUUUACUUCCAAAACCCUAAAGAUAUAAAGAAUAGGGAUGACUUGUACACGACUUCAUAGUUCUUGUAUUCAACUGGUUCUUGUGAACUUCCUUAAAGAGCUUGAUUCUCGAGGUCUCGAUGAGAGGUGCCAUUCGGCA